AUGAAGAUCCUCUCGAUCCAGAUCCUCCACGUCGUGCCCGGCCAGUCGUCGUCGUCGCCUGCAGUUGCCGUCGCCGCCGCUCAGGACCUCUCGUCGUUCUCGUUCUACCAGCGUGGGACCGUCGGCGAGUUCAUGACCUUCCUGUCCCGCACUGUCGCCGAACGAACGCCUCCCGGUCAACGACAGUCCGUGCAGGAGAACAACUAUACCGCGCACGUCUACUCCCGCUCGUCCGACCAGCUCGCCGGUGUCAUCGUCUCCGACCAAGAAUACCCCGUCCGCGUCGCCUUCUCGCUUCUCAACAAGAUCCUCGACGAGUUCACUACCAAGGUGCAGCGGUCCGAGUGGGAGGCAAAGGCGGCGCAGGGCAGGCAGUCGGGCAAGCAGGUCUUGGUCGAUUACCCCGACCUUACGACGUACUUGCAGAAGUACCAGGACCCGAAGCAGGCGGAUGCGAUCAUGAAGGUGCAGCAGGAGCUCGACGAGACCAAGAUCAUCCUGCACAAGACGAUCGAGUCGGUCCUCGAGCGCGGCGAGAAGCUCGACAGCCUCGUCGACAAGUCCGCAGCGCUCUCGGCAAGCUCAAAGUCGUUCUACAAGACCGCCAAGAAGCAGAAUUCGUGCUGCGUUAUCGCCUAA